AUCUUUGAAAUUGAGAGCGUUGGAGUUUGCACUUAUCGAUGUUUAGAAGAAAGGACGGCAUUACACUUUUCGAGUGAGAGCUGUGAACGAGUCAGGAAUUUGGAAACUGGUCAAGCAAAAAAGAUAUUUCAUUAGCUCCUCCAAUGGUAACAGGAUUGCAAGUUAAAAGAUUUGAAAACAAGCUUGAAAUGAAAUGGAUAAGUGCUGGCUCAUUUGUUGACCAUUACAUCAUAAAAGCUUUUGUUAAUAAAAGCGAAAUUAUUGUUGAAGAAAAAACACAGGACAAUGUGUACACAGUAGACUAUUGUGCCCCCUGUACUGACGUCACACUGUCAGUAGUCGCAUCUAAUGCGGAAGCAGUCAAGGGACUUGAAACAACGGAGACUGUUUCUUUUGGAGAAUUGAAACCGCCUGAUUAUGUGGUAUCGCAACUUGAUUCCACAAAACCAUGGAAGACAUUUCAUCUGCAAUGGAAGAAGCAGUACGGCGCUUUUACGUACCAAGUAGGAAUUUUCAAAGAUGGAGCAAACGUUUGUUGGAAAGAGGUAGAACAAAAUCAGUGGACUUUUUGUGAUGCUCUUCCGCUGACAAAAUAUGCCAUUUCCAUAUAUUCCAAAAACAAAGAUUGUAUGAGUGUGGAGUAUGCGACUCAUGUUAUAACGGGUGCGCCAAUCAUUGUAGAUUUGGACAGCAUUACAACAGAACCCGACGAAAGACAGCCUUGGAGAAACGUACGAGUAAAAUGGAAACGACCGGAAAACGUAGAAAAUUUUAAAAUAAAAUCUAGUAUCGGCAAUCAAGAAUCUAUUACUCGGAAAGAAUGUUUCGAUCUUAAAAAUGAAACCAACGAACGCACCGUGACAAUCUCAAUUAAAUCCGGAAUUCGCGAUGUGUACACCGAGGAGGAAGCAAAAAUAACCUUCAUCAUGGAUGGGGUGCCAAAAGUACGUCAGGAUUCUCUGAAAAUUAAGGUGAAUGAAAACACUCCAUGGGAAACAGCUACAAUAACAUGGGAAAUUCCAAGAGGCGUUGAUUGGAUGAAUAUCAAAAUAAAACCUCAAGGACAAAACACUUGGAGCGUAGACAAAACAUUGCACAAUAAAAAUUCAUUAGAAUUUUCGAGGAAGAAUGUUGAAAACUUUUAUGAAUUCCGUAUAUUCACUGGAUUUUCCAAACAAUCAUUUCACACUGAGUUUACCUCCAAACCCUUUUCAUUGGCAAACUUUCCUAUCAUAAAAUCCAAAUCAAUUGAGAUUGAAUUAGAUGAAGAAAAGCCGUGGGAGAUUGCAAAUAUCAAAUGGGAGAUGCCUCGUUUUCUGGCUUGCGUUAAAGUCCAAAUUAAAUGCAAAGCAUCAGUGGAAAACACCAUUCAAAAAGAAGUGAUUCAAGCCGACAACACUUUGAGAUUCAUUCGCACCGAAAAACAUCACACAUACGAUAUUAAAAUAUAUACUGGCUGUAAUGGAAAAUUAUUUCAGUCGGAACCAACAACAAAAAAUUUACAAUGGAUUCUCCGCCCGCUGUGUUCAAAGAUACCAUGAAGUUUGAGCCAGACGAAGAACAGCCAUGGAAAUUGGGUCGACUUAAAUGGGAAAGACCAAAUUUGGUUGAAACGUUUAAAAUAUUCAGCAAUGUUACUGAAGAGUAUAUCACCGAAAAUGAUUACUUUGACAUCCUGAACACAACAUCAAAACGUGGAAUAAAGGUCAAGGUUUAUUCUGGAAUUGGAAAAGUUUUUACCGAUGUCGCAGCGAGUAAAAAAUUUGAAAUGGCGAAUAUACCGAAGUUUGAUGAUGUGGAUGUUACUGUGGAUCUCGACAACGAAAAACCGUGGGAAAUUGCUUUUAUUAGAUGGAAAUUUCCUAAGGGCGUUAAAUGGGUCAAAAUACAAAUUAAGGGUAGCGGCGCUCUUUCAAAGACCCCAAUAACAGUAAUUACCAAUAAAGAGUUUUAUAAAUUUACACGUGAAAAUGUUGAGACCAAAUACAUGAUCAAAUUUUAUCCCGGGUAUUCGAGAGACAUCUUUUACGAUAUUGGGACGUCCCAUGAAUUUAUUUUGGACAAAUUCCAAUUGUUUCCCCGGAGUUCAUCGAUAUAAAAAUUGAUCAAGAAGAAUCGUUGUCAAUUGCUCAUAUAAAAUGGAUAAUGCCAGAAGGCUUGGAAUCAGUCAAAGUUCAACUUGUUUCCAAACAAAUGGAUGAUGAGUCUUCUAUUCAUUUUGAUAAAAUAAUUUCAUCUAAUUCUGUGCGGAUUUCCUGCGAUAAAGAACCGAGAAGAUAUGAACUCAGAAUUACAUCAGGAUGUACAUCUCGGAAAGUAUUUUCUGACGAGCAUUCUGUAAAAACGUUUCAAAUAGGAAUUAUGUGAAGAACAAUUCAACAAGGCGUGAUAUCUUUUCUACACACCUGAAUAUAUCAGAUUCUAUAUCGAAUAUAUAACGUGGAUCGCACAGAGAUGAACACAACUAAAAUUGUCUCUCUGCCAUU